AUGUAUGGCACGCCUCACUCCCUCUCAACGAUGAACGGUAUUGGAGGAGAGGUUGUCGAUGGCUCGGGUACGAUCGACCCGGCGAACUUGAGCAAUUCAGUCGCUGUUCUACCGGUGCCAUCCCCUGCAGAAGCAACCCCCCGUGGUAUCAAGCGUACUCGCACUCCAGAUCGCAGUGGGAAUGGCCAUAUUGAAGGAGAUCAGGACGAUGAGGACCAGGGUCGUCGCAAGCGAGGCCGUCCACCGAAGAUCCCGCGGGCUACCUCUAACGAUCAUUCGGCUGGUACCCCAAUUCAAACACCGCAGAUGCAAGCCCGCCCGCUUCCCCAACAUGCCGGAUCGCCAACUCUUGCCUCUCCCCAAGACAAGACUACCCCGACAAAAGCACUGGUCAAGGCACUUCCAACGGUCCGAGACCACACGUCCGAUCAACUGAAUGAUGAGGGUGACGAAUACAUCCCAAAGGAGUUCGAUGAAGCGGGAGAGACCAAGGUCGAUGCCAUGGGAUAUCUACAGGGUACUCGCGAAUAUAAAUGCCGAACCUUCCGUGUGCCCCAUCGAGGCACUAAGCUGUUUAUGUUGGCGACGGAGUGCGCAAGGGUAUUGAACUAUCGUGAUUCGUACUUGCUGUUUAACAAGAAUCGAUCGUUGCACAAGAUAAUAGCAUCGCAAAUCGAAAAGGACGAUCUGAUUCAACAAGAUAUUCUUCCCUAUUCCUAUCGGUCCCGGCAGAUCGCGAUUGUCUCAGCCCGUUCCAUGUUCCGUCAGUUUGGGAGCCGCGUCAUUGUCAAUGGCCGUCGGGUUCGAGAUGAUUACUGGGAAAGCAAAGCGAGAAAGCAAGGUUUCACCGAGGACGAUCUAGCGGGUGAGAAGCGUCCAGGUGCGGCCAAGAUUCGAGAUGGACUUGCGGCAGAUACCACGACUUCCAGCCUGCUGCCAGCCCUCCCCCAUAAUGAUGUUAUCUUCAGCAAUACGGUCGAGCCACUGCCCCCCGGUCUCUCGUUGGAUGUUUCAGAUGCUUCUCCCUCGUUAACGCAACUUCCUAUGAUACAUCUGGCCACAACGGAUGAUCCACGGUUGCGGGACUACAACGCCAUUCCUCGCGCUCGCCAAGAGCUAACGGGACAGAUCUACCACGAUCGCAAUCAGCCCAGCUCGGGCUCAGAGAUCAUCAACCAAGCUCAACAUGCAGCUGACUUCAAUAAGACUCUAGGGGCACAGCGAAGCUUUCGCCGGAAGGGUUUGGACGAAUUCUACUCAAAGCCGCGUGAAGCCCCUGAGACAGAGGAUCAGUCUACUACUGCCCUGGAAUCCGGUCUCUCUGUGUCACAGCCUAUCCAACCUACACAAAUCCCACCCACGGGUAUGGGCAACCCGGGUCAUGCGCAGCACGUCAUGCCUCACCAGGCAACGAUGAUACAAGGUCAACAGAAUUUCCCUCAGCUUGCACAUCAAUCUGCAGUCAAUCAGUCGCCAAUGAGAGGAAUGCCAACUGGUAUGCGACCUGAUCUCAUGCACCAACGAUCGAAUCCAUCCAUGUCUGCUGGGGUCGGCCAAGCCCCCUAUGGCUACCCUCCUCAACAGCAGGCUCAGCAGCAAAUGUGGGGUCGGCCACCACCCCAGCCACAACAGUCGCCCAUGUCUUCGGGUCAACAAGGUGUCAAUAUGGCACAAUACGCUCAGCAAAUGGCUGCGGCUCCGCAGCAAGCACCGUCGCCUCUUCACCAUGCUCAGCAGCCUCAGCAAUCUCCGCGCAACAUGCCUCAGAUGCCCCAGCAAUACCACCAGAUGCAACAUCCACAGGCGCAGCAGCAAGCAAUGGGAGGCAUGGGUUUCCCUGGAGGAAAUCCGGCCGCUUUCCAGGGUAUGGCACGGGCUAUGUAUCCUCAAGCUCAAGGAGCACCGGGUGGACAGGCCUAUAUGGCUGCCAACCCUCAACAGGCUGGUAUGGCGAUGGGCAUGGGUGCAGGCGGUAUGCAAGGGUGGCCUACUGGGCCUGGCGCACAGAUGCAACCUGGUCAACCCCAGCCAGGUCAGUCAGGAAGCCCAUUGGGCGGGUGGUCAGGCUACUAG